AUGGGUAAACAACACGGUUCAUUGGCACGUGCCGGCAAGGUCAAGAAUCAAACUCCAAAGGUCGAACCUCAAAAGAAGACUGGAAAGGAUAUGACUGGUAGAUCCAAGAAGAGAUUCCUCUUCAACAAGAGAUAUGCUUCUUUGAAGACUGGUCAAGAUCCUUUGAGAAUGAAACUCAACUCGAUCGAGAUGCAGGUAGCAAUGAAGGAGCAAAAGAAGCACCAAGCUGAAAUCAUUGCUGAAAAGAAGAAACUCUUGAACAAGGUCUAA